CUUCAACUUGCCUUCGUCGAUCUCCUACACCAAAUUUCCGCUUACAUUUCUCCUCUUGAACUGGCCAGUCCCCUUGCUUGCUCCAUGGCCACCCCAAACACGGGGCCAGCGCGUGCUCGCCAGCUGGUUGAAGAUAUUUCAACGGAACUUGGCUUCGUCGAAGAAGAAAUAUGGGCGACGCUCCUUCCGGUUGCUCGAGCAAAGUUCGAGUACGCAAUGCGUAGGAAAGACAGCAUGAUUUCUUCUUCCGUGUUGACCCUCGCCAAGAACCUUUACACAAGCAACGCACGAUUCGUCUUCGAGCUGCUCCAAAAUGCGGACGACAACCAUUUUCGGACAGCCAGAAGACUGGAACAGGCACCCUACAUUUCUUUCAAAAUGUAUCCGGAUCGCAUUGUCAUCGAUUGCAACGAAGACGGCUUCACGCCUGAGAACCUGAAAGCAAUCUGCGCAGUAGGACAGAGUUCCAAGACUGGAUCGCAGAUAUAUAUUGGCGAAAAGGGAAUUGGUUUCAAGUCAGUUUUCAUGGCCGCGUGGAAGGUCCACAUCCUGUCGGGAGACUUUUCAUUCUACUUUCAACAUCGCAUUCGAGACUCAGGCUUUGGAAUGAUACGUCCUGUGUGGGAGGAGCCUAUGGAACAGCUACAACAACCCCUAACGAGGAUAACCUUGUCGCUGCACGACCAGGGCGACGAAGACCAGCUGUCAUCUCAACGAGACACGAUCUAUCAACAGUUCAAUGAUUUACAGGAGAAUCUUCUCCUCUUCAUGCGCAACCUGGAAGAAAUCCGAGUCACCUUUUUUGACGCCGAUAGUGAGAUGAAGACCUCUACAAUCUUCUCAACUCAACAAAAGGACGGCAACCGGGUGACGUUAACAAGACGUGUCACGAGUGGUGGCGCUAUCACCACAACGUCCAAGAUUUAUCAUCUCACGAGACAUGAGGCGGGAAAUCUUGCCAAGAACGAGAAUCUCUCUUACUCAGCUGAUGAUGAGCUAAGUAGAGCAUACUCGAAAGCUGACGUAGUUCUCGGGUUCCCAUUGACUGAGGAUUCAGUUCCGAUCGAUAUGCCUCAAGAUGUAUUUGCUUUUCUGCCGAUGAGUCACAUGGGCUUCAAGUUCCUGAUACACAGCGACUUUGUCACACAGGCGAACCGCCAGGGAAUCGUGACGACAUCUCGACGUAACCUUGGCAUCCUCGAGGGUAUUUAUGAUGCUUUUAUUCAGGCAAUCUUAGAUUUCUGCGACCACCCAGCCUUGCAGUACACCUGGAUGAGAUUCCUUCCGAAUCCGAUGGACCAUUACGAUCAUUUUUGGUCACGCUUGGUCACGAAACUGCAGACCAAUCUGAGAUUCGAACCAGUCCUACGGCCUUGGAGCGAAGGUCGUCUUCGGCCGAUUACAGACCUCCGGCGACUUUUAGCCUACCAUUUCGACUCUCAUCAGGAGCCUCUAUUCGGGGACACAGACCCAGAGAUGUAUAUCUCCAACAAAUAUCAGGAAUCCGACCUUCGCAAACUCAAAGCUUAUGGCCUACAAUCACUCACGCAAGAUGAGGUUCUCAAUUUGGUGGAACGAGACCUUCGGCUGGAAACUUCUCGAAUGAAGUCGAUUGAGACUGAUGACUGGCACACCAGGGCUGCAAAUCUGCUCGCGAUGACGUUCGACAAAGCAGCACUCCACCAUCUUCGUGCAAGGGUUCUCAAAUUAUCACUAUUACCGUUGCAGGAUGGGGACUGGGUCGCAUCCAGCGACAGAGACAACAUCUACUUUUCUAAAAGCGCUGGCAUAGCGAUUCCGGGAGGUACCGGCCUCAAUCUGCUCAAUGGCACAGCUGAAAAAAACUCGAGACGUGUGCGUCUCUUCGCGUACCUUGGCGUUUCCGACGCCCAUGUUGACUUCGUACGCAAAUCCAUUCUCCAGUGGCAUCAUUUUUAUAUACCUGGCUCCGGGGCAAAGCUCUACACAUUUGUGAACCACCUCAAGUUUUUCUACUCAACACACAAUCUAGCCACAAAUCCGAUGGAAGGCAAAGAAAAAUUUCGUCUGGUAACUCAAAAGGAUACCACUCUCUUUCCAUAUGGUGCAAAUAUCUUCCUCCCUGACAACCACGAGUUUGGACUGAAAAGGCUUUUCCAACAUGCAAACGCCACGGAGACACCAGCGGGUGCACCACAGCUGGACUUCCUCUCCACUCUUUAUUUCCGAAAUGCCCCAGAGAAACCGUCAGUUUCCACAGAGAUCUGGACAGAUUGGUUGUGUACCUAUGCCGGAGUGCGACGGCAUCUCGGUCUCGUUUCAUCUGUGGAACCUCGAAGUCUCUCGAAACCGGUGCACUACGUUGCAAAGCACCUACCUGAUAAGUUUUUGGGCUUUUUACGGCAUCAUUGGUGCGAUGGGGGGAGAGAUAUCGAAAAAUCCCUCGCAAUGACCACAGAACUCAAAGGUAUUCCGGUCCUUUGCCAAGAUGGCUCCAUGAUCGCACUAGAUAAAACCUACCUACCUUUUCAAGACCUUGAAGACGAGUGUACCAGGUACCUGAGAGGUGAGGAGAGCUUCCCAUUCCUUCAACUGACGACAACCCUGGAACGUGGCACCUACGCUAGGGACUGGCCCUUUCUAGGGCCACGGCUUGGAGUCGGCAUCGAUGCAGGCAUCGACUUUUACAAACAGCUCCUCCUCCAAAUCAGAUCCACGAGGGCCGACAAGGUUGAGGAUGAGGACAGGCUCAUCGACCUAUACAGCACUAUUUACGGAAAGUACGUGCAGUCAGCGGCGAUGGAGAUGAACAAGAGGAGGCUAGAAAAUUUCUUUGCGGAACAUAGAUUGAUCUUUGUGCCGUCGAGUGGUGACUUCGAGGCCUGCUGGAGCCAGCCCAUCGAGUGCCUAUGGCAUGCGCCGCCCACCUUUACCACCAGUCGUCCUCUCAAAUCGCGGUAUGAGACAUUAUUGACCCGUCAACAAGAUGCCAGACGGGUCACCGAGAGGCUUUUCCGCGACGUGCUUGAAGUCUCUGACUGUAGUUGGCGCGACAUCAUGCACGAGUUGGAGUAUGCAAGUCAGUAUGGCUAUGACUAUCCGGAGGCGAUACCCGAACUCUAUGAUCGCCUUCAUCUUAUGGCAGGACUUACUAGAAAGGAUGGAGAGGAAAUCAGGAAAUCGUUCGAAACUGAAUCUCUGAUCUAUGUAAAUGGGAGGUGGCUCAAAGUUUCAGAGUGCUUGUGGUCCAGUGAGACCAGGAUUCAAGGCAAAACCCCCUUGGUGGAAGAGUACGAGGAUCUGCAAGAGUUUUUUGUUGAUUUUCUUGGAGUCGACACUCUCAAUCUGCAGAUUGUAUACGACGAGCUCCUACAUUUAGGUCGCUCACCAUCUCCAUCAGUCGACCAGGUCAAGCAACAAAUACAGUCUUUCAAUGGACUUCUUUCGGAUGUCAGCAGAUACCCGAGAGUAAAACCAGAACCGCUACGAAGGGCAAAAAUCUUCCCUGUUCAUAUUCCAGGGGGCGAAGUCAAGCUGUUCACAGGAGAAACGAACUUCGCCAUUGUGGAUAGGGUGACGUUGGGAGUUUGUUUCGCUGGGCAGGUCAAAACUCUCGACUUUGACCUCAACGAAGUUCACGAAAUUGCUUCUUUCAUACAAUGGCUUGGGCUAGAGGAGCGGUAUCUGUCACUCUCAGUGAGAGAAAUUUCAACUGUUGAUCAAACGGACAUGAGACCAGUGACACCAUCGGAGGAUAAAAUUCGGCCAAUUGCUCAUUCUCUGUGUCGAAUUGCCUUUCACUACGACAGUGAAAGACUGAAAAUCACGUCUCUCGAAUGUCUGUACGAGACGCUGAGAAAUGUUCGAGUUUACGAGACACAUGGAAUAUCUUGUGAAGUUCACUUUUCUCAGGAUGGACAAGACUACAAAGAAGUCUCGAGUCGCAGUGACUUGCACCUUCGCGAAGAGGGAACGCGCCUACAAAUAUUUCUCCCACGCAAAACAAAGAGACGGCAAUUCUGCUAUGCCAGCAAACUUCCCGCUCGUCUGUGCGAGUGGUUGAUGACGAACCCGAAAACUGAGAUCACUGCGGGCACCAGUGAGAAGGCUCACCGACUGGUUGCGACGGUGCUCAACGCCAGCAAGCAUGUCGUUCCAGAAAUCCUCGAGGAGAAUGGCAUCGUGUCUAUUGAUAUCGAAUCUGAGGAUCAUGAGGAGGAACACAAUGUCACCAAUGACAGUUCAGAAUCUGAGACGGAAGAGAGCCUCCAAAGGUCACCAGCAAGAGACAACGUGGCGGAGCUCGUGACUCCAUAUGCAGACAUGGCCAGCGAGACUUCGUCACUAGCUGAUUCUACACCGGUGUCUCCUCCUCGCCAGGUAACCUCCGAGGAGAUUACUUACGUCAAUGUCACGAGUUCACAGGCUGCAUCUCACUCUCAGUCCGCACGGCCCAUAUUUGUACCCCAGAGGACCUCGGGAAAUCGCCCAUAUUUAGAGCCGGACUUCGGGCUGUCAACCGUCAACGAAGACGUAACGAAAUACCGAGACUUGCUCGGUAGAGUCAUCUCAGCCGCAAGGGGCGCAGAUUUUCCCACUCGGACGAAUGCCCCAUUGGACAUGUCCGCUCUUCUAAGCGCCUUACCCACAGAGUACGAAACGGAGUCGAGUUUCGACCGCAUCGAAGAAUCUAUCCGCUUUAGAUCCAAGACGCAACUAGAGCGAGACAGAAUGGUAGGCGCUGCUGGCGAGCUCUAUGUGUUUGAACUAUUAAAGACUCUAGACCCAUCAAUCCCAGAGUUUUCGAUGGAAAAUUGGCAAAGUACCAUACGAGACUAUGUCAAGGUUCAUGCAGAGUACUCUGAUAUUACUCGAUGGCCAGGUAAUCGCGAGACGGCUGAUAUUGUGUACGCGGACACGACUGGUGCUCUUACAAAGGUGCUCAUCGACUGCGAUUAUUUGAGUUCGUCCUGGGAGCAUGCUCGGCCGAACUAUCUACUCGAAGUCAAGACCACUACCGGUCCCUGCAGGACUCCCUUCUUUAUGAGCAGGUUGCAAUAUCAGCGUAUGCGAGAACACCGCGGCAGUCGAGAAACUGUGUACGUUGUCUUACGUGUGUUUAACGUGGACAAGGGGCGUAUCGGAUUGCGGGUAUACGUGGAUGCUGCUGAGAAAGAAGCAAAUGGAGAGCUUGUGUUUGUUGGGGGGUCUUGGUCUGUUACUCCCGCCGCUUAGGAUCAUUUUCUCGGUUUGACCCCUGGUUGGUGUGCUUCAGCAUUGAUUAAGCCAAAAUCCACAAAUGAGGAGAUUAACCAUCUGCUCCAAGCUAGUUCAUUUUGCAGAUGCUAUCACAUCAAGUAUCUAUUAUUGCACUACGCUCUAGCUAGUACACUGCUAUCUGCUCCACCGAGAGCGAGUUGCUGAUGGCACAGGGGAAAACAAAACAUAGUUUUCUUCACAAUUUAAGUAUUUUAAAACACAA